CUUUCGCGUGUCUGCUCUGUUCUUCCUCCCUGUAGCCCGACAUCACCAGCCUUCACCGACGCAUACCCCUCUUGAAAACUUGGUAAGAUCUUGGUAAAUUCCUUCCCUUUUCUUGUUAAACAACAAGAUUUAAAGCUUAAAACUCUCUCCCUCAACCUAGGAAUCCCGGAUCUGCUCUAUUUCUUCCCUCCCUCUGCCGCCGGCUGUGCUGGGUAGAAGUUCCGGUUUUUCCUGGAAAAAUCAGCCAUGAAUUCCUUUUUUCAGCCUUGAUGUGUGUGGGUUCACCCUAAUCUUUAUUUCUUUCAAUUUCUACUGGCCCGUGGAAGCCUCCCCAAUUUUUCCCGCCGGCUCUUCCCCAUACCGCCAGCUCCAGCUUUGCUAGUUGAGGAUUUUUGGUAAGUUAGCUUCUCUAAUCUCUGAAAAUUGGUGGAUUAAGUGCUGAUUUGUGAGUUAAUUGGUUGUGUGGGUGUUUGGGUUGUCCAAAAACAAGAUGCCGGAGGUGGGGGAUGAGUUUUGGCCAUUUGAAAAUGGGUUUUGGUUGAUGAUUUAUGUAGGAAAUUAGUGGGUUUGGUUGUUGUGUGAUGUCCGAGAGAAAAAGCGGAGAAUUCUGUGAAUUGACCAUUUUUUUGUCAAGGCCGGUUCUCCCAAAUUCUUGUCCAUGCGUCUUUGAUCGUCCUGUGACCUUAGCACUUGGAUUAGGCUUUCUGUCCUGUGCAAUUAAGGUAAGUAAAUUAUGGUAAUGCACUUAAAUUUUAAAGCAUAUUUUAACUUGUUUUUGAGAUGGUGGCGAGGUUUAAAUGGAUUUAUUUGCAUUUGAGCAUGAUUAAAAAGGGAAAUUGAAUUUUUACUAUUUUCCUUAUUUUCUAGAAUUGAGCAUGCCCAUAUGAGAUUCUUCGGUUUAUUUUUUAAAGUGAGAACGAUUGUGAAUCGUGGUUUUUUGUAAAUCUUGUUUGGUUUUGUCUACGAUGUGGUCGUGUUAAUCGUGUGCCCGCUAGUGGGAGGUUUAUAAACGCUAGCACAGGUCGACAUGUUAGUGAUAUAACCGGUUUGCUCGUGUUAUCCUACAAGUGGGAUUAUACACUAGUAAUCGUGUGCUUGCCAGUGGGAGGUUUAUAACACUGGCCAUGACUAAUAGAGGAGACCACUAUGUGAUUUCAUUUCGCAUUAAUGGUUUGUUAUUGAAACGCUCUGUUUAUGUUUCAACCGAUUAUUUGGCAUGCUUUAAAUUUUGAUUUCGGGCACUCAUGUUUACUUAUUGAGAUAUUUAUCUCACGGUUUCCUUGUCCACCAUUUCAGGUAGUGAGACCCGACGCGUGGGAAGCUCGGGGGAGUGACGAGCUAGACGGCUAGGCAUUUUUUGGAUUUAGUUUUGUAGCUAGGCUGCUAGUCACCCAUGCUGACUUAGGAAUUUUUGUGUACAGAACUCCUUUAGUUAUAGUCACGAUUGUAUAUAUGAAGUUAUAAAUUUUGUACAUCUGACUGGUAAAUAUUUGGUAAAUAAAAGGAUUUAGAUCUG